AUGGUGCGGCUCACACGCCGGACUGGCACACAAAAGUCGGCGCAGUCCCAGUCGCAGCUAAACGUCGAAGAGCAGGACGAGCAGGACGAGCUGACGUCUUUCUCUUCCCAGCACCAGGAUAAGCUCCAAGACGAGCCAGGGAGCCGGCUGCCUCGAGCUGCUCGUCGCUCUACGCCAACGAGCGCAGCUCCUCACGACCACCAUCAACAAGAGGUCAUUCAAUGUGACAUGGAAGCUGAAGCCGAAGCCGAAGCCGAGGUCGAAGCCGAAGCCUACGAUGCUCAUCUGCCACCGUCUUCCACAUUCGCUGCACAAAGCGAGGAUGAUCACAUCAAGAUCAUGCUCGCCACCGACAACCACAUUGGCUACAUGGAGCGAGAUCCCGUCCGUGGUCAAGACUCUAUCCGCACGUUUGAGGAGAUCCUCCAGCUUGCGGUCCAGCACGACGUCGACCUAAUCCUGCUGGGUGGCGAUCUCUUUCACGAGAACAAGCCCAGUCGCGACACACUUCAUCAGACCAUGGCACUGUUGCGCCAGUAUACGCUCGGAGACAAGCCCAUUUCGGUCGAGCUGCUCAGCGAUCCCAACGAUGGAGCUUUGCCCGGCAAGCGCUUCCCCGCCAUCAACUACGAAGAUCCGAAUCUCAACGUGGCAAUUCCCGUAUUUUCGAUCCACGGCAAUCACGACGAUCCACAAGGUGUCGGAGAGACGGGCGCGUUAUCGGCACUCGACCUGCUGUCUGUUUCUGGCCUCAUCAACUACUUUGGAAAAAUCGAGCUUCCCUCCGACGACGCGGCUGCAGGUGCGCCAGCUGCGAGAACGGCGAGAGGCGGUGCAUUCCAAGAAAAGGGCAUCCGCAUCAAACCUGUGCUGUUGCAAAAAGGUGAGACCAGACUCGCUCUCUACGGUAUGGGAAACAUCAAGGACGAGCGCAUGCACUUUGAACUUCGCGCUAACCGCGUCAGGAUGUAUCGGCCACAGGAAGAACCUGACUCGUGGUUCAACAUUCUCUGUGUCCACCAGAAUCGAGUUGCGCACAAUCCCAAGGCAUGUGUGCCCGAGACCAUGUUUGACGACUCGGUCCACCUCGUCGUGUGGGGCCACGAGCACCAACAAAUGAUUCAGCCGCAAAGCGUGAUCGAGAAGAGGUACCACAUCACGCAGCCGGGCAGCAGUAUUGCUACGAGUCUCAGCCAGGGCGAGACGGUGGAAAAGUGUGUUGCCAUCGUCCAUGUGGAAAAGACCGACUUCCUGAUCGAGCCCAUCCCCUUGCAGACGGUGCGACCGUUUGUGAUGGAUGACAUGGUGCUGUCUGAGGAGCUGUACGACGCAGGCCUGUCGUCCGAACGCGGCGAUGUUAUCAAACUUUUGCGCAAGAGGGUCGAUGGCCUCAUUGCGCGAGCCAAGCGCGAAUUCCAAGAGCGAUACCCGCGACGCGAGAUGCCUCUGCCGCUCGUUCGAUUGCGCGUCGAGUACACGAAUCAGGAGAUCAGCAAUCCGCAACGUUUCGGCCAGGAGUUUGCCGGAAAAGUGGCAAAUCCGAAAGAAGUGCUGCAGUUUACCAAGCGUAAGAAUUUGAGAAGUGGACGUCGCGACCAGGACGAGAGCGCCAACGGACCAAGCGCCUACGUCGAUGUGGAAGAGGAAGGCCUGCUGCCGGUCGAACGGCUUGAAAAAGUCGAUGUGGGCAAGCUCGUACAGGAAUACCUUCAAGCGCAGAACCUGGAUAUCCUCAAUCCGGAAGGUCUUGAAGGCGCCGUGCUCAACUUUGUGGAGAAGGACGACAGGGAAGCCAUCGACAGCUUUGUCACCAAGAUGCUCAAGAACACGGUCAAAGGGCUCGUCACGAUCGAUCCGGAAGAGUCGCGGAUCGACGGCGAGCUGGAGAGGUUGAGACAGCAGCAGCAGCAACAGCGACGAGAGAUGGAGCUCGACAUGGAGGAGGCGGAUCAAGCGAGGAGAAAUGCAGCAAGAGGAAACGAGUCGGAUGACUCGAUGAUGGAUGACCUCGAACGGCCUGCUGUUAAGCCAGCUCGUAGAGCUGAUAGGGCUAGGAAAGCGGCUGCUGCCUACCAGGAUGAUGACGAAGAUCAAGAUGACUUUGACGAUGCAGCAAGCAUUGCCAGCGGCACACGCAGAGUCACGAAUCGACGUGGUGCUGCGUCAACGACCUCGGCCAGCAAAGCAAGAAAGACUGUCGCUGCGCCUCGCGCACCAGCUCGCGCACCAGCUCGCGCACCAGCUCGAACAUCUGCAUCGACGUCACGCGCCGCGGCGCCUGCACCCACCUUUCUCGGUCCAGAAUCAGCCUAUGCGGAGCCGGACGAAGAGUCGGACGUUGCCAUCGACGACGCUUCCACGCCUGCGCCUUCAGCGACGAGAGGCCACGCUAGUGUACUCGACAUGCUGGGCAAGCAAAGCGCUACGUCCAAGACAACCAAAGGACGAGGCAAGACGGUCGCGUCAACAGCAUCCGCAAGGAGCGCGCCCACCAAGCCGACUGCUCAACGGUCACGUCAGCGCCAGCCACAAGAAAGCAUCCAGGCCAGCGAUGACGAUGAAGAUGCCAUCGUGGACGAAGAUGAUGGUGACUUUAUAGAGCCAGAGCAGACGACGACUCGGACUGCUGGGCGACGGGCUGGACGGCGAUAA